AUGGCUUCCAAAGGUACCCCAGGUGGAGGAUCUUCGGCCUUGAAAGCAAAUAGUACAAAUCAGCAUCGCCGGACUGGUUCCAAGAAUUCAAUUCACCACCAAACAUCACCAUCGCUAGGCUUGAGUACUACUACCUCCAGCAGUCAGCGGCGACUAAGCAAUAUUAUCCAAGGAUCUCAAUCUGCUGGUAAUGGAAAUCCAGGAAAGUCUCACCUGACAAAUAUUGAAGACUCGGACAUGGUCGCGAAACAUAUGAAUGACAGGCUUUUAUAUGGUCUCGUCCGCAGUAUUGGCUGUCGGGUGGUUGUCACAUCACUUUCUGGGAGGAAAUUUGUUGGAGUGUUGUAUACGGCUGGAGAUAUUACUGAGAGUGGUGUCUCGAUAAUUCUGAAGUAUCCCCGACAAUUGAAGGACAAGCUAUCUGGUGACGAAAUCGAAUAUGAGGAUGCCCAUCUUCCCGAAACACUGAUAUUCAUGGAAAAAGAAAUUGCCAUGAUUGAGUUCGAAGACGUCAAGUUUUCAUCUCAUGAACAAUUACAAAAUGCAAGCUCUUUGCCCCCGACAAAAGGUUUCAAAACAGACUCCGACAUUUCAUCGGCAACGGUUUCCAAAGAAAGGGAACUACAAAAGUGGGUCCCAGAUGACGAACUUGAUUCAAGUCUUAGUGUUGGGCUGGAAGAGACGUCCAGUGAUGGGCAUUGGGAUCAAUUUGAAGUGAAUGAACGAAAAUUUGGGAUACAUUCGACUUACAAUGAAGAGCUUUACACCACUAAACUGUCAAAAGAGGCUCCAGAUUAUCAGCAAAGGCUCAAGGAAGCCGAGCGUAUUGCAAUGGAAAUCGAAAGUCAGAGUCACCACGGCAAUGUUCAUCUUGCCGAAGAAAGGGGUCUUUUGGUGGAUGAUAGUGGUUUUGAUGAAGAAGAUAAGUAUUCAGGAGUUGCCAGAGAGAACAAUACACAAAAUGAAGGGGAUGCUCUGCUGAUGGGUAUGUUGAAAGCCAACUCCAAAGAUAUCAAGUCGGAACUCAGACCAAUCGGAGCGGGUAGGUAUGUUCCUCCAAGACAGCGUGCUGCCAAUUUUCAUGGAGAUCCAGCAAUAGUAGCUAGCUCAGCUACUGAGAAGAAGCGGAGUCCCAAAUCAGGAGAGUCACAAUUACCCAAUCUUUCUUAUUCCCAAAAAGCGCAAAAAGGCUCCAAUUCUACAUCGACUUCUACAGUAUCUCCUCCUCAUAGUACAGAUUUGCACAAGGCAAACGUUCAGCAUGAAAUCAAUUCACUGAAAGAAUUUGCUGCAAGUUUCAAACUUCCCUCUAAGCUGCCUCCUGAUUUGCUGCCGAUUCUCUCCAAAGACAAGGAGAGACAGCAAGAAAUUAUGCAAAAGUCCGAACCAAGUGAUUUGGCUCGUCACGAGAAACGAAUGGGAUCGGAUGAGGUAACAAUGGAUCCAAAGGUUACGAAAGAGGACAAAUCAGCCGGUACGAAGACACCUACUCCUCUGCUAAGUAAAAAGAAAAUGGAUCCGCGGACUGCACCUACUUUCAAGAUGAACCCAAACUCUGCACCAUUUUCGCCAUCAAGUUUCACUUCAUCAAGAGGUUCUCCUGUACAGAAUUCAUCCGAUCAGCUACCUUCUCCUCAGGCAAAAAGUAAGAAAGAUCCCCUUUCGUUUUUCGGUUUGGGGAAGGUACCUCAAGAACCAAAGGAUGGAGGGCGCCAUUUGGAUUUGUUCGAUACUAAGUUCAACAUUUUGGUGAAAGCAAGAACAGAGUACGAGGAUAAGAAUGAGACAAAGAACGUCUUUAUAAUAAAUGUUGAAAAACCGUUUGCUACUCCACCAACAUGGCCAUCAACCAUCGAGGAGUCUUACAAAAUGGUAUUUUCAAAGCAACCAGAAUGGAUUUCCAAUCCUGCGGGUAUUCCUCAAAUGCAAAAAAGAAUGUAUCAAAUGGCUGCGCAACCAUUUCCUGUCAUGGCGCCUCCACCUCAACAACAGCAUCACCAGCCCGUGCCACAGCCAAUGAUGAUGCCGCAAACCUUGCAAAUGGACCCACAUAACAUGCAUAUUCCUCAGCCGACCUUUGUUGUUCCUCAAUUUCAGCAACCACAAUUUAUUCCAUUAUAUCAACCCCCUCCAAACGUUCCACAGAUGGCAUAUGGAAUUCCUCAAGGUCAGAACGUCUCCAAUGGAGUACCUGUACCAAUGAGACCGCCGAACCAAAGAAAUUCAAGAGCUCACCAUUAUGCAGGCCAACAACAGCAGGUGAAUAUACGAUCGGGCUCUACUUACAAAUAUUGA